AUGGACACGCCGUCUACUAGUACAGCGAACACUGCCACUGCCACUGCCACUGCCACUGCCACUGCCAUCUUCUCUCCUGACGAUGAACAAGACCUUCUACGGUCUGGUCUGCUUACUCCGCCGGUCGACGGGAUGCGAAGAAUCCACAAGCGUCGCUUCAACCGGGAUAGUGACGUGGAUAACUCCCAUAUCCCGCUCUCGCCGCUCCCACUUCAGUCCAGUGCCACAGAGUCAGAUGCGGCUCUGUUCUUUACCGUUCCUGACAGCCUGAUAUCGCUUGCAACACUCCAAUACCUCGGAUUCGAUGACGAUACCGCGAAGAAGAUUUGGCAGCAGUGGACCAACCGGCCUGUGGGACCUGUUUUGCGAGAGAUAGACGACGACAACUCUGGCGGAGGGGAAGGCGGUCCCGGACCGUCUGUCACGUUCAGCGAUUUUGCCAUGGGCUACGUGCGAGGACUCCAGAUCGAUACCUAUGACGAAGAAGACGAGUCUUGGUUCGACUGUCUGUCUCGUUGCGGCAUUGCUCCGAGUCUUCAAAAAGCAAUCAUGGAUCCUGUCUUUAAAAAGUGUCGAUUGUCCGAGACGUGCGUUUUCUGGAUUUGCGACACUAUGGACUUGCGAUAUCAAGGACUUGAAGGGGCCCGAAGAGCUUCUUGGGAGCGACAAUUGGCUAUUCAACGUGCAGCUUCGCGGCCCGAAUCCGGCUGA